CUCCUCCUCCUCCUCACUCCGUAGAUCCCAACUCUCGCCCUCUCCCUCUCCCUCGAUCUCCAUCUCCAUCUCCAUCUCCAUCUCGAUCCCCCAAUCCCUAAUCUCAACUGCUUCGGAGAGAAGCAUAAGCAGCGGCGGCGGCGGCGGCGGCGGCGGCGGCGGACUUUUGGGGAGAGAAGCGCUUGCCGAAGAAGCAGCAAUCGAGCGGGCUUCUUCAACCAAUGGGGAGCUCCUUCGCCGGAUCCAGAUCCAGUUCCUCGUUCUGAUCCUCGUACAAGGUAGCAGCGACCUCCGAUCCGUCGCCCAUGGCGGGCGCCGUCUCCGCCCUCUUCCUCCUCGACAUCAAGGGCCGCGUCCUCGUGUGGCGCGACUACCGCGGGGACGUCUCCGCCGUGCAAGCGGAGCGCUUCUUCACCAAGCUCAUCGAAAAGGAGGCUGAUCCAGAGUCGCACUCACCGGUGGUAUACGAUAAUGGGGUGACCUACAUGUUCAUACAGCACAAUAAUGUGUUCCUGAUGACUGCCGCAAGGCAGAACUGCAAUGCUGCUAGUAUUCUUCUAUUUCUGCACCGAGUCGUCGAUGUCUUUAAGCAUUAUUUCGAGGAGUUGGAAGAGGAAUCUUUAAGAGAUAAUUUUGUUGUUGUGUAUGAGUUGCUGGAUGAAAUGAUGGACUUUGGGUACCCGCAAUAUACAGAAGCUAAGAUUCUCAGUGAGUUCAUUAAGACAGAUGCGUACAGGAUGGAAGUAACACAGAGGCCUCCGAUGGCUGUAACAAAUGCUGUGUCAUGGCGCAGUGAAGGGAUUCGGUACAAGAAAAAUGAAGUGUUCUUGGAUGUGGUGGAAAGUGUUAACAUUCUUGUUAACAGCAAUGGACAGAUUAUCCGCUCAGAUGUAGUCGGGGCAUUAAAAAUGAGGACAUAUUUGAGUGGAAUGCCUGAGUGUAAACUUGGGCUGAAUGAUAGGGUUCUUCUGGAAGCCCAAGGGCGAGCAACAAAGGGAAAAGCUAUUGAUCUCGAUGAUAUUAAGUUCCAUCAGUGUGUGCGUCUGGCGAGAUUUGAGAACGACAGGACCAUAUCCUUCAUACCACCAGAUGGAUCUUUCGAUCUGAUGACCUACAGACUCAGUACUCAGGUGAAACCUUUAAUCUGGGUAGAAGCUCAAGUUGAGAAACACUCGAGAAGCCGCAUAGAGCUCAUGGUGAAGGCAAGAAGCCAGUUCAAGGAAAGAAGCACUGCUACAAAUGUGGAAAUUGAGGUGCCUGUACCUUCCGAUGCUACCCAUCCUAAUAUAAGAACUUCCAUGGGUUCUGCUGCAUAUGCUCCCGAGCAUGAUGCAUUGGUCUGGAAAAUUAAGUCUUUUCCUGGCGGAAAGGAGUACAUGUGUCGGGCCGAAUUUAGUCUUCCCAGUAUAACUGCAGAGGAAGCAACCCCCGAGAAAAAAGCCCCGAUCCGCGUGAAGUUUGAGAUACCUUAUUUUACCGUUUCUGGCAUUCAGGUUCGAUACCUUAAAAUCAUCGAGAAGAGUGGAUACCAGGCCCUCCCGUGGGUGAGAUACAUCACAAUGGCCGGCGAGUACGAAUUGAGGCUCAUCUAAUUCUCAUGGUCGAUAGGCCGUCGUCGGUUUAUCAAAAACAUUUUAUACGACUCGAGGAUUACAUUACGUUUUACUUAAUUUUAAAUGGGCGCCUAUGGGGAAUCCUUGUUUUGUUCCAAUACACUUGUUUGCAGUAGAAAGCUCUCCAAACAUUAUUUCAGCCUUCUCUUUAUUUUUCACCCAUUAUGUUGUCAAAUAAAAUUGUGUCAUAUGGUUUUGUUCCUUAUUGUAGAUGUUUAUGAGUUUUCCCUUUUUCUUUUUCUUUUUUUUUUUUUUCAUUUGAGAGGAUUCUGUGUGGUUCUUUGUGCUCAAUGAUAGCUUAUUAGAUGAUAUUUGUUACUGAAUCUAA